AUAAUUCUUAAUUUACUAAACAGUGCCUCUUCCUUCUCUUCGGACGGAGCUCCCGCGCUCAACGCUCAACACUCAACAAUAUUCUCCAAAUUCCACCUCACUUCAAAACUCCUCUCUCUCCGAUUCCGAUUCUGCGAAACCUUUUCCAUUCCUACAAAUGAGUGCAGGUGGCGCAUUUGGUGGCAAUAGAGGGCUCCGUCCAGUGCCUCCUGAAAAGGGUAUUUUCCCAUUAGACCACAUGCAUUUAUGUGACCUGGAGAAGAAAGAAUAUUUGGGUUGUCUGAAAACUGCGGGUCACCAGUCUGAAAAAUGCAGGGAUUUCUCGAAAAAGUACUUGCAGUGCCGAAUGGAAAAGAACCUAAUGGCUAAGCAGGACUUGGCAGAACUUGGUUUUAAGGAAAGAAAUGGAGAAACUCCUGAAGGGAAACCCACUGAGAGGAUUGAUAAUUGAAAGACCAAUGAACCCAAAGAUUUAACAAUGUAUAUUACUUUUGGGAUAAGUUUGGCAAUGCCAUUUCUUUAGUUUGUCAUUCGAUUCCUCUCGUGAAAAUUUUACAAAACCAUGUCAUGCUCCAAUUUUCACCUUUGAUAGAUGGAGUCAAGUAUGGGACCGAUAAAAGUAUCUAGUUAAGUGGUAAAAACUAACACAUGAUAAGGUCUUGUAAAAUUUUCACACGAGAGGAUAAACCUGUAAGUUAGCAAUGGUAUACACGAGAGUGUGGCUGGGAACAAAA